CCCCACGUGUAUUCUUUUAACUCAUCCAAAUGGAAGUGGACGAGGAAAAGCCGCAGAUUAUUGCUGAAAAUCCCAACGAAAACGUGAUACGCGAACGUAAUGCGGAGAUCGUUUCCGGCGGCAAUGUGUUCUACAAUCCUGUCCAGGAAUUCAAUCGAGAUCUGAGCAUUGCUGCUCUGAAUGUUUAUCGACAGAGAUUGACCAAGGAGCGGAGCGAAAAGGCGCUCAAAAAGCAGCGGAAGAAGGUCAAGGAACAGGAGGAUGAGAAGACCACUCCCGUUCCCGAGGAUCCACCUGUUUAUGAGGCCGGUACUCGAUAUGAGGAUGGACUUCGGAUCCUGGAGGCACUGGCAGCCACCGGUUUGCGUAGCAUCCGUUACGCGCAGGAAAUCGCCGGUGUACGCCAGAUCGUGGCCAACGAUCUUUCCCGCCAGGCAGUGGCCUCGAUCAACACAAACAUCCGGCACAACAAGGUGGAGGAGCUGAUCGAGCCCAGUCACUCCGAUGCAAUGACCCUCAUGUAUCUUUCGACGCAACCCGAGAAGCGUUUUGAUGCAGUUGACUUGGAUCCGUACGGAUGUCCCAAUCGCUUUUUGGAUGGCGCUAUGCAGUGCCUGGUGGACGGCGGCCUGCUGCUGGUGACAGCCACCGACAUGGCCGUGCUGGCCGGAAAUGCUCCGGAAGCUUGCUAUGUAAAAUACGGAUCGGUUCCGCUGCGGAUGAAGUGCUGUCACGAGAUGGCAUUGCGCAUUUUGCUGCACUGCAUCGAGAGCCACGCGAACAGGUACGGCAAGUACAUCGAACCACUACUGAGCAUAUCAGCGGACUUUUACAUCCGGAUAUUUGUGCGUGUGUACGUCGGCCAGGCCCAAUGCAAGCUGUCGAUGAGCAAGCAGUCUUGGAUAUACCAAUGCACCGGAUGUGAGACCUUCACGCUGCAGCCCUUGGGCAUAACCAAGCCAAAUCCCACGGCUGGUAAUCCCCAGCAGCUGAAGUUCGGAAUUCCCACUGGUCCGGCGGUCAACUCGCAGUGCGAACAUUGCGGUCACAGGCAUCAUCUGGGUGGACCCAUCUGGUCGGCACCGAUUCAUAACCCCGAAUUUGUGCAGGAUCUUUUAACGGCGGUCCAGGAGACCACCUUGCAAUCGCUGGGAACCCAGAGACGAAUCGUUGGAGUUCUUUCCAUGGUCCAAGAGGAGCUGCAGGAUGUUCCCCUUUACUACACGCCGGACAAACUGUGCUGUGUGCUCAAGCUAGAAAUCGUGCCCAUGCUAAAGUUCCGGUCUGCUAUUCUCCACGCUGGCUAUCGAGUCUCAUACUCGCAUGCCUCGAAGAAUUCGUUGAAAACCAAUGCUCCACCAGCGGUGCUAUGGGACAUUCUGCGCAGCUGGAGCAAGCGACAUCCGGUAAAUCCCGAAAGGAUGAUUCCUGGAUCUCCACUGGCGGCCAUACUUUCGAAAGAAUGCACUGCUGUCUACGAGUUCGAUGAACUCCAUCCGGAGGCGAACCCGAAGAGUCGCAAAUCGGCAUUAUCGCGCUUCCAAGAGAAUCCGACUCCACAUUGGGGACCUGGAACCAGAGCCACUAUUAUGAUUGGUGACAACAAACUACCCAAGAGCUAUCGUAACCAGAACAAGAAACAGCGUCACAAAGCGUCGGAGCAACAGGCGGAGGAUGACCAACAGGACACUCCACAAGCAGUGGAUGAGUAUGAUGGAGAUGUGGAGCACCUGCCCAAGCAGCCCAAGCUGGAGGCGACUGCGUGACGACUGCUUCUGUGUCCCAAAUUUAUUUCCAAUAAUGUUUGUAAAACCC